AUGAGGCUAUUUCACCUACCUAAUAUACCAGGUGCAUAUUGUGUGGUUUCUGGCUGUAAUGCAGAGUACUCUGCUUAUAAGAAGGCAGGAAUUGGUGUGUCAUUUCAUAAAUUUCUCAGGCCAAUAUAUUUUGUUUCCCAGGCAUUUUUAAGUAAAUGGAUUAGACGAUGCGGAACUAGAAAUAUUGAUCCUUUAAAAAAUCAUAUUUGCUAUAAUCACUUUUCGCCCACCGAUUAUAAAAGAGAUUUGCAAAAUAAAUAUUUAGGAUUGCCACUUAAGAAGAAGUUAAAAAAGACAUCAGUUCUCAAUAAAAAUCUUCAACAUGUGGUUUUGGCUGUAAUAGAAGUGAAUGACAAAAACCAACUGGUAUCUCCAGAAGUACCUUUUGGAAAUGGUUCAGAAAAUGCUGACUACAAAAUAAAAUAUUCAGAACUGCUUUCAUAA